CCAAAGUGACAGCGCUGUGUGUUCGACGUCGGAUGUCGUGGGCUCUAUAAAGUUUACUCUCCCCACAAGUCAGUGAAUGCGGUUGAAAUCAGUCGUAAAAUACAACAAAGGCAGCGCAGCAGUCUCGCAAAUUAAAUUUGCUGAUAACGUAUACAAGUGGCAAUAACAGAAUAAAUUAAGCCGGAAAAAAGGUCGAAAGGCCAAAAGUGAAAUCCAAUCCGGUGUGAAAACCAGUGCAAAAGUCAACAACUUGUGGGAGUCGAGCGUUCGUCCUCGAGUCCUUGAAUCCUGCCAGUGUGCUCAGUGCUUUAAGUGUGCCAAGUGUGCGUCUGCGUGUGCGUGAGCGUGAGCCUGUGAGUGCGUCCGGGUAGCGGAGAAGCCACAACGUCGUCCACAAAACCAUCGACGUCCACAGCCGCCGCCGCCGCUGCUGCUGCUGCCGCCGCUGCAGGUUCGGGAUCGGGACAAGGUUCGGGAGCGGGUGCGGUAUCAGGAACUGCUCCAGGCCACCAGAGGAGCGGCGGACGAAGCGGCCAGCGACGUCGCAGUAGCAGCGGUAAUCCACACGCCGGCACAACGAAAGCGACCAGUGGCAGCGGUGGAGCUGGCAGCGCCGGCGGAGGAGGAGGCGGCGGCGGCGGCAGCGGUGGAGGCGGGGUCAAGCAGAGCGUCAGCCGGAACAGCAACAUCCGGAGCAGCAGCUCCAACAGCACCAUGGCCUCUGCCAACCAUCGCGGUGGCGGCGGACGCGGUGGAGGUGGCGCUGUCGCCGGUGCCGGAGCGGAUGGCAAUGCAAUCGUGGGCCUGCAGAUCGGCUCCGCCUGGUUUCAGCGCAAGAUCAACCUGAGGCCGCAGCACCGCGGCGUCCACCUGGUCACCGAGGAGAUACUCCGACAGAUGCCGGAGCUGGCGCACUUCUCAGUGGGAUUAUGUCACAUGCAAAUUCUUCACACCUCGGCGAGUUUAGCGCUAAACGAAAGCUGGGAUCCAGACGUCAGAGACGACAUGGAGAUGAUGUUGAAUAAAAUAGUUCCCGAAGGUUUGCCCUACAGGCAUUCGUGCGAGGGACCCGAUGAUAUGCCCGCGCACGUGAAGGCCUGCUUCCUGGGCAGCUCCCUGACAAUCCCGAUCACCGACGGCAAGCUGUCGCUGGGAACGUGGCAGGGCGUUUGGCUGUGCGAGCACCGCGACCAGGCCGGAUCCCGGAAGCUGGUGAUCACGCUGACCGGAUGUCCGCGCGAACAGGCCCGCAGCCCGCUGUCACCCGUCUCGCCGAUCGCCAGCACGUCCAGUUAGGGGCGGCCUCGCUCCACCCGCGACAGCCGGUAAUCGCGGGGGAGCGACAAUAAUGCCAUCAUUUCGUCGAGGCGGCUGAUACUGCAGAAGAACUUGGCUAAGGCGAACCUGGCGCAGCAGCGGGCGGCAGCGGUGAUUGCCGCCGGUCGGGGGGGCUUGGGCGGUGGUCACCAGGAUGCCCUGGCGCCACCCAAUAUCCCCGGAGUGGAGACUAAGACCGGCCGCCUGCUGCUCCGCCAGCAGCUGCACCUCAAUCUCAAUCUGAAUGUGCAGGAAACGUUGCGCGAUGGCGUCGAUAUCGAUGAUGUGGACGAGGAUGUCGACGAGGACGAGGACCUAGACCUAGACCUAGAAACCGUCACAACAGUGCCUCUUAACAAUGAACAACUUAAUGCUAAGGUCACCACCACAACAUCCAGUUCAUCAGCAGCGAGCAGUGCAUUAGCUAAAUUCAAUCGCAUCAUAGACUCCACUUUGGAGCGACCACCAGUGGCCGUAGACUACUCCGGACUGCCCCAGCUGAGCAGUGCCACACUGCAGCAGCGCUUCAACCUGGCCUAUCCGGAGUUGGUGAACCAACAGCAGCAGCAGCAGCAGCAGUUGCAGCUGCAACAGCACCACCAGCAACAUGAUGCGACCAAGCAGAUCAGCAGCCUCCAGGGGAACCCCCGAUUGGAUCGUGGAACGGACGCCGUUGCCAGCACUCCAUUAACACUUCAAGCACCCAGAACUCCAGCAACGGCGACGGAGGAGCAACUUGAUUCGGGGCAUCCCCAUGACGACGCAGACGUCGUCGACCACGAUGAUCAUCCCCACCACGACGAGGAUAAUCAAACGAAACGAAAUGAUGUGCAUUAUUUGUUGAAACAGUUGAAUAGUUUUAGUGAUAUAGAAGAAAUAGAAAUUGUUGAUAUGAAGCAAAGAGGUCAGCGGCCGCCGAUGGCGUCCAGUUCGUUGGCCACCAUGAUGCCGCCGCCCUCGCCAGCACCGCCGGCAUCGCCAUCCACGCAGUCACAUCGACUGGGUCCGCGGUUCGCCUCCUCCGGCGACAGUUCGCUGGUCCUGCCGCAGCACCAGUUCGACGACUAUCUGUUCGAGUCCUGCCACUACCUGGAGACAAACUACUUUGCCGCCACAUACCGCACUGCCAUGGUCGAGAGCAGCUCGCACGAGUUCCGGCCCUCGACCAACAGCAGCUCGAACAGCUUCGAGCUGCACGAGAUGGAGCCGCCCAGUGUCAUCUGCAAGGCGGGCGUGCCGCCUCCACUGGUUUCCAGUCACCCUGGUCAUCCUGGUCAUCCUGAUCAUCCGCCGCCGCGGUACCAAUUCGAGUACCAGGCGGAGACCCGGCUGACCACCAGUGGGGUGCAGACGGAGCUCACCGUCGAAUCGCUGGCCAAGAUGAGCAACUGCAGCGGGAGCAGCUCUUCCUCGUCGGCGACGAGGGCUCCUCCCUUCUUCCGGUGCUGCUACACGCCCAUCGAUCGCUGGCGGGAGAGGAGGCAGCAGCAGAAGAGCUCCUCCGCCUCCUCGUCCGCCGCACAGCCGCCCAAGAACGUCUGACACUGGGCGUGGCAGUCCACUUGGAGACCCAACAUGUGCCUGGCUAACUUAGAUCAGGGAUGCAAGCCAAGGGGAAUCGGGAUGUUUUCGGAAUUCACAAUCAUGGUUCGAUUUAGUGGGUCAUGUGAAAGUUCUCUACUUGAAAGUGAAGAAGAUAUCAAAAGCUUGUGGGGAUUGGAAUUCAUAUCCACAAAACAGCUUUCCAAAAUGAUUUCAAGUUCCAAAUACUUCCCUCAAAACUUUUGUAUCUAAAAAAUAAUUCUACAUUUUCCGAACCACUAGCCUUACGAAAUAUGGAUAUGAUAUAAUCACGAGCGGCUUGCAUCCCUGUUAUAUUUUGGUCGCUGUUCUCAUUUGCGAUAUCAACAAGAGAUUCCAUUUCGAUCGACAGUCGAUACACGAGUCAUGAAUCAUUCAUCACGAAUCCCUAUCAUUCGGUGAAAGUUCAUAAUGUACAAUUUAUAUAUGCUAAAACGUAAACCAGAAAUGUUAGUAAACAAUUUUUAUACACACAUCACAGCCACACACAGACAGUCGCACAUUUUUGCAAUACACCAAAGUAAAUGAUUUGGAAGUUUGUAUAAUUACCUAAGAGUUGUUACAUGCUCAGCAGAAAACCAGGAUAGCCACAACUAAUGAUUCCCAUUAAACUUCACUGGCUUUCCCUCCCAGCAAUCCAGCAUCCCAGCAUUUCCCCCCUGAGCUAGCCAGGUUUUCCGCUGGGCAUCUACCUGAGCUGAACCCAACUUAGGCCUAAUGUUGUAUUCGAAAUACGAAGAUAUUGUUAAAAAUGAUUGAUGGCAAGAGGGGGCGAUAGGGGAGGCGAGAGCUUGUAUAGUAAGUUGAUAAUUAAAUAGCAUUAUGGAGAAUUGUAGAAUCACGUUGAAGGUGGCCAGAUCAGCAGGACGAGGGCACUUUUGUUUUAAGCCUAUAGUCUACAGACUGUAGAUUCUAAACUCUAGAUUCCGAUUCUCUCGGCUAACCAAGUCCAAGGCAACUUGGGCAGAUAUCAGCGAGCGCCUGGGGAAACCGAAGGGGAAACGGACACAAAGCAAUUGUUACAUCAAUUAGACACUAUAUUCUGUUGACCUAUCGUUUAACUCGAUUAUUGUUUCGGAAGAUACGCAUUUAAGGAAUUGUUGUUAGAGCACAAGAGAUACAGAUACAGAUACAGAUACUGGCUAUGCGAGCAAACCGAAUAGGACACAAUUCAACUCUAAGCCAACCAAGAGCAAUAUUAGUUCUAAAAUCAGUUCGGAUUCGUCAAUUCUGUUGAUAGCAUAUGCAAGUAACUAGCAUAACUAACAUACAUCAAAUAUAUCACUACCUUGAAUAAGCCUUGAGAUCACGCUUCGGUUUUUCGCAAAAUAAAUAUACAUAUAUGAACAAUGUAUGCGCAUUGGAACACCUCUACUGAGUACUGGAGUUUAUUUCACCAAAAAUUUCCGCUGCUGCUCAAUCGAUCAAAGGAACUGAGACUCACUCUGGUUUCAGGAUCUUCGGCUGAGUUCUUCCAACUGCGAUCUGAGAAAGUAGCAAAAUCAGAAAUCCGAGGGGAAACAAACAUCACGACAACUGAAAUGAAAACCAAACAAAUGCCUUUAACCUGCCCACUCCUCUUACACUGAAAACAAAAAACAAACAAACAAAAAACACAAUACGAAAGUAGCCCAAGAAUGGUGGUAACCAAUGUUGGUCGAUAAUGCGCUGAGCGAAACGCAAAUCACUGUAAAUCACGAGCGAAGCGAACUAAUUUAUUUAAAAUAUACAUAUAUAUAUAUAUAUCAACACGUUGAUUAUGUUAAUCAUUACGAACGACAUAACAAAUAAGUUGUUAUCAAGCAAGGAAGUGGGAUAAAUGGGGCAGAAAAUAACGUUAGAGUAACUACCUAUUGUUGUAUUGUUUGUUUUAUUCGAAGCGCACGAAAUGUAAUAAACAUUUAAGUAAUCGCUAGAAAAAAAAAAAAACAAGAAAAAAGAAAUGGAAAUGGAAAAGGAAAAGGGGAGGGGUGGGGAAAUGGAAAGGAGAGGAGAGUAAUAAACCCUUAGCUAAAGUGAAAUUUUUGUAAACUUUUUGAUAUGUGAUGAUGAUUUGGAUAAAUUAGAGCCACAGAGCAAAGAAUUAUUACCUUAACCUAGUCGUAGAUAUUUAAUCUAAUUCAAAUGAGUAGCGCAAAUGCCAGCGGGCAAACCCGAAGGGAACUAGCUGAAUUCUAGGCAGGAUUAGCAUUUGGCCAGUUGUUAUGCAAUAAUCGUAGUCUCGGCCAGCCGAAGCACCAAUCCAGGGCUCCUUCCGGCAUCGGGAUCAUCCAGAUAAGAUCUACCCAUCUACCUACGUAUCAAUCUAUGUGGAUCCCAUCCGAUACGAUGCAGAGGAGGGAACUGUUAUUAGCAAUACUGAAUAUCCGUGGCAAUUCAAUUGUGUAAUUGUAUUAGACGAGGCAUUGAUAAAUCGUAGGAGCGUUUAACUAGUUAAACGAACCGAAGCGCAAAUGAGAUAGGAACUCAAAGCGAUCCGAUCAGAAAUGAAAUGAAAUUACUAAGUGUAACUAAGCGAGUAAGUAGAAAAUAUUCAAUUGUAAAUAGGACUCAUUUCCAGUCGUCUCUUGGUUUGUCGAUUGACUUCGAUUUCGAUAGAAAAUUAUGCGUUAGCCAUGAUGGGGAAGAUGAUGUGCGGAUAUACAUAUGCGGAGUACAUAUGUAGGUAUGGAUGAUAUACAUAUGUAUGUAUGUAUGUAUUACCGGACACGAGUAAUCACACACGAAAAAGCUUUAAUUAAUUUAAUUACCGGAAAGGAAACCAAGUGAACGUACUUGUUGCAGCAACAACAAGCUAUGUAUUUACAAUACUCAUUUUUGAUAUCAUUCCCAUUGGUAACGUACGGAUUCCAUUGUAGAUACCUAUUGAGCAGCCAGUAAUUAAUUAACUAGUCCGCUAAGUCGUCAAUGUCGCCUAAUAUAUUGCAUCAGAAAAUACAAUAACAGAGCAUUUUAGCUGUAAACCAAUCCAGAGAGACAACUAAAAAAAACCAAAAAAAAAAAAAAACAAACAAACAAACAGACCUGGAACACCCGAAAUCCACUUAAGACAAGUAGACACACACACACACACACACACACAUAUACAUUCGACACACUAAGCUUUUAUAAACUAUUUAACAAGAAUAUAUAUAUAUAUAUAUACUAUGGAAAAUAAUAAUCCUGCCAAGUAACAUUCGAAUACCUGCUUGAAGAAGAUACACCCGCUUUUGCUAAGAAACCAAAAAUUAAAAAAAAGAAACAAAACGAAAAAAAAGUUAAGAAAUAAAACCAAGAUUUAAUAACGAGGACGAGAUGUGCAAUGAAACCAAAAAUAGAGACAGAUCUAGAAGAGAUACUAUGGCUAAAUACGAUUUUUAUACUUUCGAUAAAAUGAUUUUUUAUACUAAACGUAAAAGCUCUUUGGAACACGGACGUGGCGAUUUCAGAAUCACUUUGAUUUGGGUCAGGAGAUAAAGGUCAUAUUAUAGUUAUUAUACAAAGAUAUAGUAUCCGUACAUUAUACAUAUGUGUAAAACCCUAACUGCAACUAUGGAACGACAGCACAAAUUUUGUUGAACGCGGGGUGGAGAGCGCCCCGAAAAAGCUGACAAGUGGAAAACAAAAAUCAAAUACUGACUAAAGCAGAAAAAUCGUUUUUAAGUCCAAUUCUCAACACACACACACACACACACACCCAUACACACUCACGCAGCAACAUGAAAUCAAAUAUAUACUAAAUAUAUAAACAUUUAUGUAUAUAUUUAGCAGACGAGUAAAUAAACCACACCCGCGCACAAAUCGCUCACAUAAACGAAUUACGAAUUAACUAUGCUUUGUAAGCCCAAAUAGGGUCAAAACCCAAAUUCACGACCCGCAGCCAGCGAGGAUCUCUAGCGGAAAUGUCCACAAUCUUAGCCAGCGACAGCGAUUUUUGUAUGAGCAAAGAACUAAAAUUUGUAAAUAUACAUAUAUGUAUUUCUUGAUUUUAUCGAAAGGCAAAAGCGACACACUGAGAUCAUUCGAGUCCUUAUAGUUUUUAGUUUUAUCCUAAUUGCAACCGAAACUCUUUUCUAUCUAUAUCUAGCCAGAUAUCGGAGUACAUAAGCGAGAGCAUACUUUAAAUGGAAAAUUAUAGCAAGAGUAAUGAACAAUGUCAACUACAAUAAAUUAGCAAAAUGAAGGCGGGCGGGCGGAAGUGAAGGAAAGGGAAUGAAAUUAAAUAUUAGUGCAAUAAUUAACAAAUUAUUCGGUAAAAUUAAAAUGGAAUACAUCUAAGUAAACGCUUUGUAAAAUACAUAUAAACAAUUUAUUAAAUGGAAAACGGAAAAUGGAAAACAAUAAAAGCGAAUAAAACCCAAGAGGAAAAUGAAACACUAUUGAGUAAUUAAUAAAAGCAUUGACAUUGACAUUGACACACGUGAUUCGAUAUCUCAUCUUAUAAGCAUAAAUCAAUAAGAUAACAAU